GAUAAGGAAUGUGUGUGUGUGUGUGGUGGUGGUGGUGGGGGAGGAUAAAGCAACAAGUAAUUUUAGUUAUUGUUUUUCAAAUCCUCAUUUCAUGCUCAGCUUACACAGAAAAUGCUAUUUUUUGGUGUAAAAAAAAUCUAUUUUGGUGCAUAAUACACUCUCAAUUGCAGUAGUUGUUUUUCACAGAAAACAGCAUUUUUGGUACAAAAAUAGUAGCUUGGGGAAUUACAAAUGCAGGCUAUGCAUGGACUCCAGGCCUGGUUCACCCCAAUUCCCAUUUAUCAGAAAGGAGUUAUUGUGAUCAAUGAGUCUAAUUCAUCACCCCCUCUAAGGGCUGCACUUAUGGGAAAUCAGAGACAUUGCAACAACAACUGGUGCAAUCAUUCCAAUAUAAGAGAACUUGCCCAAUCUUAUAUGGGAUAUCUUCCUUGCACAACUUUCAAGAUGGGGCAAUAGUUUGCACAACAUUUUUAUACAGGCAAAUAUAGGUUCCUGCCAAGAGGUGAAGAACAGCAGGUAUUGUAGAAUUUAGAGGAAUAGUUAGAUAUAUUUUCAUUUCUUUUAAAUCUCCCUGAAUUGGGGCAGGGGGCUGAGGCCUCUCCCAUUUUCCACGAUCGUUGCUUCCUUGAUGCUAUUUCAUCUUGUUCCACUGGAAAAUAGUGAUUUCAAUAUCAGUGAGGUGGUGAAUUCAGACUUUAGUACAAAAUUUAAAUGAAUGUGAUUUCCACAUAGUAUGUAUAUAUAUGUCACCCCAUCUAAACUGCCAUAUAAUGCUAGGGGGUGGAUAGGAAGGGGCUCGCCGCCAUUCUUUCUGAGUUCAUGACCAUUAUUUUCUCUUAGAGCAAAGGCAGAAAAUGAUGGAUUUAUGAUUGAAUAUGGUCAAGCUUAGAAAUAGUGAGAAUGCAAAAUGCUACUUUCCCAUUGGUUGUUGAAUUGUAUUUGAUUGGUGGUCUUUAGUCUAGAAUGAAAUUGGUUUGUUCUACAGCUGAGGUCUGAUUGGAUGGUAGGGUUCCAGAGGCCAGUUGGACAGUUAGAAAAAUCCGAAGGAAAGCCUGAAGGAGAAGAGACACUGUGGGGGUCAACUGAGUAUUCAAGUUGGUGAGAGACUAAUCAAAUGUCUGUAUAGAAAUAAAGCAUUUGCAUAUCUCCUCCUGUUCUAGCAGUCAGAAGAAGAUGCUGCCAAAUGGGACUUGGAAAAAGAGUGAGCACAAUGCCUAUUCUCUGAUAAGGGAGUGGAGAUGGCCUUACGCAUAGCUUUCCUCUUGUACAUCUGGAUUCCCUUUCUCCUAGCUGCAAAUGAAGUCUCUCGACCCUGUGUUUUUCCUUUCAUUUUUCAAGGCAAAUUAUACUCAACAUGCACUACCAAUGGUACCAGGAAGAAUCAGCCAUGGUGCUCCAUCACCAGUAACUAUGACAGACAUCGCCGAUGGAAACCAUGCACUUUAACUGAAUAUGGAGGCAAUUCUGGUGGAAAGCCAUGUUUUUUUCCCUUCCUCUACCAGCGACGUACUUAUUACACAUGCACUAGGAAAUAUUCUAGAGGCCGUUUUUGGUGUUCCACAACAGGGAACUACGAUAUAAACAGGAAGUGGAGUUACUGUGCUGAUAACAGACUAGAGGAGAGCUACCCUACUGAGCCCUGUUAUUUCCCAUUCAUGUAUAAAAACAAGUUAUAUACAUCCUGUACAACUGCUGGGAGGACUGAUGGGAAGCUCUGGUGCUCUGUCAACAGAAACUAUGAUAUGAGGCCCUCAGCAGUAUUUUGUGAGCCUUCAGAAAAAGCUCCCUGCAGCUUCCCUUUCAUGUUUAAGAACACAUCAUAUUCUACAUGCACUAAAGAAGGAUCAAUAGAUGGGCAGCUGUGGUGUGCCACAACCGCAGACUAUGAAAAGGACACCAAAUGGAGAGCGUGUGCAACUGAAGAGUAUGGAGGAAAUUCCAAUGGUGCCCCCUGUUUCUUCCCCUUCAUCUACAAAAGUCAGAAACGCAAUAACUGUAUAAAUGAGGAUGAACAGAAUGGGCAAUACUGGUGUGCAACAACAGAGAACUAUGACUUGGACUUCAAAUUCAGCUUCUGUGCUGACACCAAACUUGAAAACUUGGAGCCUCUGGAGGCAGGCAAAUCGCGAAUGCAACCUUCAGUUUCAGGAAAUCAUAAUCCUCCUAAGAGGCAAUGUGUUUUUCCAUUCAUCUAUGGAGGCAAGUCUUACACAACUUGUACAACCGAUGGUUUCAACUCCCAGAGCGCCUGGUGUUCCCUCACAGACAAUUUUGACAUAGAUCAGAAGUGGAAAUACUGCACAGCUUCAGAUAUGCCAAGUCAAAAUUCAACUCGGCCAUAUUGAAAGAGCAGUGAAAUAUGAUCAGCAAGAUUAUACAGACCAAUCACCUGCCAUUCCUAUCAAACUCAUUCAUUAGUGGGAUGUGACCAGUUUUUCCCCUGAUUCUACCCUGCUUCCACAACCAAGAAGAAAAGCCUCCUUUAUAGACCACUGACACCAUUAUCCCCUUUUCUUGGAUUCUGCUUGAGUUUGAUCUCUUUGGAUUGCUCAUCCUCAAUACUGAUGGACAGAACCUCAAAAUAUCCACAAUGCCCCAUUUUUGUUCCAGAGCCUGUUAUCAAUCUGAUCUCUACUUUUCUCAUCAGCUACAAACAUGUUGGAAAGAACUGUGCACCAGAUAUUCAGUGGCAGAAUCCCCCCUCAUUUAUUUAUUUUCUGUCAUCCAUUUUCUCCUGCUUUUCAUGCCUUUCAGAAGAUAGGAAGAAGCUCUUGGGAGAAUUUUCUGGCAUGGUUGUCUUGACAGCAGCUACAGUGGCUUCUUUGUGGCUGUGGGUAAAUAUUUGUGGCUAAUUGUGGUGGUGAUUCAGACUCUUGUGGGUUGAGAGUAUUUGACUUGGCUUCUGCCUUUCAUCUACUAUCCAUGCUUUAUAUAUUGGAACCAGACAUCUUGUAUUAGACAUAUGUAUGUAUCUAUUGGAAUUAAAACACUUAUUUCAUAUA